AGGCAGGGGGCAGCGGUCAUACCAACACCGUGGAGUUGGGCUGGGUCUGUUUGGGCCCCCGAGAUGUUCCCCAGCCCAUUCUUCCCAAGAACAAAUGAGUAAAAUCAGGGGCCUCCCACCUGAGGUCAAGGAACCAGGUGUGGAAGAUGGAAUGGAACUUGGUGUGGAAGAAGGCCCUCUUUGUCAACUGAUUCAUUCUCCAGAAUUCAACUUGUUCUCCAACUCAGCAGUGUUUGAAAGCAACUUUACCCAGGUCACUGAGCCUGGAAACUGGAUGAAUGUCUGUGAAGGGUCUACCACCACGAUCCUUGGGGUGACCUCCUCAGAGCCCUCCCUGCCACUCCCCAAUGUCCUCCUGAUGGCCAAUGUCACCUGGCCCCGGGGUCCAUUUUCCACCUGGAGCACACCUAGUGAUGCCCCGGUCAUCACCCUCAGCAGGAUUCUCCCCCUGAAGUAUGUGGAGCUUCGAAUCUGUGAUCAGGUCCAACGCGUCCUGAGGGUUAGAACAGUGACUGAAAAGAUCUAUUACCUGAAGCUCCACGAAAAACAUUCGGAAGCCAUGUUUCAGUUCUGGAUCCGCUUGGUGAGAAUUCUGCGGAAAGGCUUGUCCAUCACCACCAAAGACCCAAGAAUCCAAUUCACUCACUGCCUAGUGCCCAAGAUGCCCACCAGCUCCACCGAAGCAACACCUGAAAGCAGCCUCCCGUCAUCCUCCCAGCCCAGCGAGACCGUCAUGUUGUUGGCAGCCGAGCAGACCAGUGGCAGUUUCUUGCAACUCUCAGGAAGGCCCCAGUAUACAGCAGACAGAAACAUUGACACUGCCAUUGAAACAGACGAUUUCAACUGCUACCACAAGAUACCCUCGCCAGUGGCAUCUCCAGUCAAUGUGAAUAUACCCAUGAGAGCCACCUUGACCCACAGCCUCUGGGAACAGGAAGGCCCAGAUGAGCAAUUCCAGCAGGUUCCUGCAGCCAGUUCCCUAGGAGAGAACUUUUUGGGACCCUGA